GGCUGGGCACGGGCUGCCCGCGGUGACCGCCCGCCCACCCGCCGGCCACUUUGCCAGCGCUCUGCGAACGGGCCGUCGGCUUGCGGCUUUGUAAAGAGCUAAGAUUCCAGAUGGCCAAUGCUAUGAAUGGCAGAAACCCUGGUGGUCGAGGAGGAAACCCCCGGAAAGGUCGAAUUUUGGGUAUUAUCGAUGCCAUUCAGGAUGCAGUCGGUCCCCCCAAGCAAGCUGCGGCUGAUCGCAGGACUGUGGAGAAAACUUGGAAACUCAUGGACAAAGUCGUAAGACUGUGUCAAAAUCCAAAACUUCAGUUGAAAAACAGCCCACCAUACAUACUUGAUAUUUUACCUGAUACAUAUCAGCAUUUACGACUUAUACUGAGCAAAUACGAUGACAACCAGAAACUUGCCCAACUGAGUGAGAACGAGUAUUUCAAAAUCUACAUAGAUAGUCUAAUGAAAAAGUCAAAACGAGCAAUUCGACUUUUUAAAGAAGGCAAGGAGAGGAUGUAUGAAGAACAGUCACAGGACAGGCGGAAUCUCACAAAACUGUCCCUUAUCUUCAGUCACAUGCUGGCGGAAAUCCGAGCGGUCUUCCCCAGCGGCCAGUUCCAGGGAGAUAACUUCCGUAUCACGAAGGCAGACGCUGCUGAGUUCUGGAGAAAAUUUUUUGGAGACAAAACGACUGUCCCCUGGAAAGUGUUCAGACAGUGUCUCCACGAGGUCCAUCACAUUAGCUCCGGCCUGGAAGCGAUGGCGCUAAAAUCAACCAUCGAUUUGACUUGCAAUGAUUACAUUUCAGUUUUUGAAUUUGACAUUUUUACCAGGCUAUUUCAGCCUUGGGGCUCUAUUUUACGGAAUUGGAAUUUCCUAGCUGUAACACACCCAGGUUACAUGGCAUUUCUGACAUAUGAUGAAGUGAAAGCACGGCUACAGAAAUACAGCACCAAACCCGGAAGCUACAUUUUCCGGUUAAGCUGCACCCGGCUGGGACAGUGGGCCAUUGGCUAUGUGACUGGGGACGGGAAUAUCUUACAGACCAUACCUCAUAACAAGCCCUUAUUCCAAGCCCUGAUUGAUGGCAGCAGGGAAGGCUUUUAUCUUUACCCUGAUGGGCGAAGUUAUAAUCCUGAUUUAACUGGCUUAUGUGAACCUACACCCCAUGAUCAUAUAAAAGUUACACAGGAACAAUAUGAACUGUAUUGUGAAAUGGGCUCCACAUUUCAGCUCUGUAAGAUCUGUGCAGAGAAUGACAAGGACGUCAAGAUUGAACCUUGUGGGCAUUUGAUGUGCACCUCUUGUCUUACUGCGUGGCAGGAGUCGGAUGGCCAGGGUUGCCCCUUCUGUCGUUGUGAGAUAAAAGGGACGGAGCCCAUCAUCGUGGAUCCCUUUGAUCCUCGAGACGAAGGCCCGCGGGGCUGCAGCCUCUCCGAUCCCUUCGGCCUGCCGGUGCUGGACUUGGAGGAAGACGACGACCGGGAGGAGUCCCUGGUGAUGAGCCGGCUGGCAAAUGUCCGGAAGUGCACUGACAGGCAGAACUCACCGGCCACCUCUCCAGGGUCCUCCCCGCUCGUCCAGAGAAGAAAACCCCAGGCAGACCCUCUGCAGAUCCCCCACCUCAGCCUGCCGCCUGUGCCUCCGCGCCUGGAUCUGAUUCACAAAGGCACGGGCCGCUCUCCCGCCAGCAGCCCCACGGGCUCGCCAAAGUCUUCUCCUUGCAUGGUGAGGAAACAAGACAAGCCACUCCCAGCGCCACCUCCUCCCUUACGAGACCCUCCUCCACCUCCUCCCGAACGGCCCCCCCCAAUCCCACCUGACAGUAGACUGAGCAGACACUUCCAGCAUGGGGAGAGUGCGCCGUCCCGGGACCCGCCAAUGCCUCUUGAAGCCUGGUGCCCUCGGGACCUGUUUGGGACUAACCAGGUGGUGGGAUGCCGUGUCCUAGCCGACGGCUGUCCAAAGCCUGGAGUCACAGCCAACUCCAGCUUAAAUGGAAGGCAUGGCAGAGUGGGCCCUGAGGCCGUCCUUCUGCGGAAACACAGGCGCCAUGGUUCACCUUCAGAAGGAGCCAAGGUCUUUUCUAAUGGCCACCUUGGAAAUGAAGAAUAUGACGUUCCGCCUAGGCUCUCUCCUCCUCCUCCAGUAGCGGCCCUUCUCCCGAGCAUAAGGUGUACUGGGACGUUAGCAAACUGUCUUUCAGAGAGCACCAGGGACGCGGUAGAGGAAGAUGAUGAAUACAAGAUUCCUUCAUCUCAUCCCAUUUCACUGAGUUCACAACCCUCUCACUGUCAUAGUGCCACACCUCCACUGCGGUCUUGUGAUAAUGGUCACUGUAUACUGAAUGGAACACAUGGUUCCUCUUCAGAGAUGAAGAAAUCAAACAUCCCAGAAUUAGGCAUCUAUGUAAAGGGAGAUGUUUUUGAUUCAGCCUCUGAUCCAGUGCCAUUACCACCUGCCAGGCCUCCAAGCCGGGACAACCCCAAGCAUGGUUCUUCAUUCAGCAGGACGCCCUCUGAUUAUGAUCUGCUCAUCCCUCCAUUAGGUGACGAGGCCUUCGAGGCCCUCCCCCCAGCCCUCCCACCGCCCCCGCCCCCGCCCCCUGCGAGGCACAGCCUCACCGAACAUGCAAAACCUUCUGGCUCCAGUAGCCGCCCUUCCUCAGGACAAGACCUCUUCCUUCUUCCUUCAGAUCCCUUUUUUGACCCAGCAAGUGGCCAAGUUCCUUUGCCUCCUGCCAGGAGACUGCCAGGGGAAAAUGUCAAAGCCAACAGGAUGUCACAGGACUAUGACCAGCUGCCUUCAUCAUCUGAUAGCUCACAAGCACCAGCCAGACCCCCCAAGCCUCGGCCUCGCAGAACUGCUCCAGAAAUUCAUCAUAGAAAACCACAUGGGCCUGAGGCCGCGGUGGAAAAUGUAGAUGGGAAAAUUGCAAAACUAAUGGGAGAGGGUUAUGCCUUUGAAGAGGUGAAGAGAGCCUUAGAGAUCGCCCAGAACAACAUUGACGUGGCGCGGAGCAUCCUCCGCGAAUUUGCCUUUCCUCCGCCAGUCUCCCCGCGUCUAAACCUAUAGCAGCCACAAGUGCAAACACCGGGACGCAAAGCAGUUGACAUCUGUCCCCGGAGUGUGGAAGAGAGGAGAGCAUGCAGUUCAGGAGCGGAGGGCCCCUGCUCAGGAAUCGUCUCGAGAAGGAGCCCACAGUGCAGCGCGCAGAAGACGGCUGCUCACUUGGAGGUCCGUGUGGUCUCCUCAGUUUUGCUAGCCAUAUUUUUAAAUCAGGGUUGAACUGACAAAAUAAUUUAAAGACGUUUACUUCCCUUGAACUUUGAAUCUGUGAAAUGCUUAUCCUUGUUUACAUGUUGGCAGAGUUGCAGUUUGUUUGUGUUUUUGAUACCUGUACUGUGUUCUUGACAGACCCUUGAUAGAGUGGUCAGGUCUGCUGUGACAUUCCCUGGUCCCUGUCCCCAUCAACAGCAAAACCACCUCUUUAUGUUGACCUCCAUCCCAGCCCUGCUCCAGAUCCAGCUCCAUUUCUCCCACUUACACAAUGCCCUAAAGGUUCUGAAUUUCAAUGUUUCAAAGUAAUGCAAAAAAAAGUGUGUGAUCUUCACUACUGAGUGUCCCCCACCCCCGCUCCCGCCCCCCUUUUGGGAACCAUCACUGUUGAAAGAUGGGAAAAACCUGAAUGUAUAAAACAUUUAUUUGUCAAUAAACUGCCUUUUAUAAGGGGUUUUAUAUGAUAUAAAGGCAUUUCCCUUGUUAAUUUCAGUUUUCUAGCCUUUAAUUUUUCAUAUUCAACAUCUCUGUCAUCCCAUGAUGCUAUGAACAUCUAAAAGGUUAGAGUGGCUGCUGCAGACAUGGGAGGAGGUGAGAUGUUUAUGGCAGACACUGCAGGACUAAAGCAAUGUAGUGAUAGUGGGUGCCCCUGGCAUGCUGGAGGACUAAAGCAAUGUAGUGAUAGUGGGUGCCCCUGGCAUGCUGGAGGACUAAAGUAAUGUAGUGAUAGUGGGUGCCCCUGGCAUGCUGGAGUGACGCUCAAGAGGGCAGGACGAGGCCGCUUCCCCAGAGUGUAGAAAUCAAUCUCCAGAUGAAAUCAUGGGAAAGCUCUUCCCUAGUAUGUUCUGUUUAAAUAACAGUGGCUUGUUUUCUCCUACCUCUGGCACGCACUUCCUAAGAGUGAAAAUACAAGGGCUUUGAUGUAUUGUUAAGUGCCAUUGCUACUGGAGCAAUGUUAUUUGCAAAAUUCUUCAGUCUUUCUUAUCCCAUUAGCGAAGUAGCUAGUCCAUGGAUGAUCUCAUUCAUCUCGCCACAGUGCUCCAUCCAGUCAGACGGAAGAAGCUAAUUUAGUUUUGCCUUUUGUUGCAAAAUGAUGGUUCUUCAGAAACCAUUAUUACUUUUAAUAAACCUAAAAAUAUUUAUUGACCAUCUACAAUGUGCUUGGCACCUAUAGACACUUUUAAAAGCACAAACUAACAUGCUAAUUUCAACAUAAUGUUUUUAUUCAUUUUUGAGGACAAGAGUUGAUAACAGGUGAAGUAUAGGAAGUUGCCACUGGAACUUUCCAGCAAUUUCCUUUUGCUUAGAGGAAAAUUGAAACAAGACUAUCACUAUGUGCUGAGCCUGCAGCAAGCUUUCCAAACGUGGACUUACUCAUGGGUUCAUGCAUGUUCCUGCCACUCCUUCACCUCACGUCCGUAUGAUGCGCAAAGACGGGUCAGCUACGGAGUUCCCAUCCUGACUUGAGAUGACAUGAAGAACCGCCCAGUCACAUGGUGAAGCCAGUAUCGGAUGAGGCUCGUGCGUUGACCCAGGCUGGCUCUCGUGGGAUGAGGCAGGAUUUGAGGACUCCCAGGCUUUUCAUAGUGUUAAUUUGCUCAGGAGACAGAGCAGAUUAUGUCCCUGGAGGGGAUGUUUUAAUUUGCCUUCAAUAAUCUCCUCAUCAGGAGGUGUGAUUACAGGUUUUUAUAUUCUCUCUAACAUUGGCUCUUUGUCUUUGACUUUAUGGAUGACACGCUGUCACGAGUUUUCACCUGUGCUGUUCAGACUCGGAUUACGGUGCAGGAGCGCUGUAGACUGCUUACCCUGUGACCUGCCAGUCACAGGGACGGUGUGGUGGCAGCGCUGCCGCAUCGUCCUGGCGACGAGGAAGUGGCAUGAAACGGGACCCUGGGAGCCACAGCACGCGCUCCAGUUUUCACAUACGAUGGGAAUUUUUCAGCAAGAAUUUAAAAAGGAAAGGCAUGAAGAUAGAGAACAUUUGGUCCCGAGCUGCAGCAUUUUCAAAAUCUCUACCGUUAACUCCGUGGGAGCCCUCAGCGUUGUCCCUGACAGGCUAACAACAAUGAAACAAGCUACCGAACGCAGGAGACAGACAGAAGCUGUAAAGUACUCACGAAAAUGCACAGUCACCCAUUGCCUGAGGCACGGCACUCAAAAAGAGGAAUUUAUUUUAAGAAAUAAGCCUAAAUAUUUUUCAUGAUAAAAGUUUCUACUGGUAUUUAAUGCUUUGAAAUGACCCAGGCUUGAUUCACUGUGACCCAGUGAGUCAGAUAUUCCUCUCAUCUCAAAGUGCUGAAGUAAAGAUUCCAUCUAAGCUAGUAUUUAAUGUAAUCCAUAAGAUUAAAACAAAUCAUGUUCUGGAUAUGGAAGGAGUUAGGGAUUUAUCCUCAAUCAAUGUUACUCUAGCUAGUGUAUUUCCAGAAAUUUGUUGAUUUUUUUUCAUGCCUUGAUAUCUGCUAGAUGACACAGCCACAUUUUCAGAAAGGAAACAGCAUUUUCUGUUUACCGUGGACUUCUUGAACAAAUACAGCCCGCCGGCCUUGCUGCCUGCACAGAACCUCAUCACAGCCUUGCGAGGUCUGCUUGUUAACUCAGUAUUCCUCACACCAAGAGCACGUGGAGAUUUCAUAAUGUGAACUUGACUUUUCAGGACCAUCCCUACAGUUUGAACAUGACUUUUCUGCUCAGAGUUUCAGCUCGAAGUUUAAGUUUGCACUGAACAAUCUCAUUUGGUUUUCAAAUAUAUCAACCUGACAGAUUUGGAAGUAAAUUACAGUUUAUUUGAAUACUAAUGCAGGUACUGGAAUUUUAGUGCUUCUAGGAAAAGGUUCCAGAAAAGAACAGCAAUAGAGUGAAGGGUUUUCCUCCCUAUUACUACUUUAUUAUUUUAAAUGCAUUUUUAAGUGUGUCUAUUGUGGCAAAGUAGUUAUGUGUUCAAUUAAUUUAUAUUCAUUCUUUUUCAGUUCUGGUUAUCAUGUAACCUCAAGUACUUUAACUGUUCUUUGAAGAUAUUUUAUAAAAUGAAUGUUAACAAAA